UCAAACUUCAAACUCCUCAUACUGGAGAGUUCACAGGGCACUUUCCUUUCUAGUUUCUAUACUCAGAUAGACAUGGAAAUCGCUUCAGGUCCCUUCACUUCCUGCUCUAAAGAGCAGCAGAAACUGUAUCAGGACUGGUUUAACGUCGUCGAUUCAGACGGAGAUGGUCGAGUUACUGGAAAUGAUGCGACCAAGCUUUUUGGCAUGUCGAAUCUUAGUAAGCCUCAACUCAAGCAGGUUUGGGCUCUUGCUGAUUCCAAACGACAAGGGUUUUUAGGCAUCAAUGAGUUUACUACUGCCAUGCAGUUGAUAUCUUUGGCACAAGAAGGGGAAGAGCUAAACUCAGAUCUCCUUAACCUUAAGACUGCAGCUGGUGUGAACCCUCCAACCAUGAAAGAUUUGGAUGCCUUACUUGUGAGUGCUAAUGGUUCAUCCCAGAGUUCUAAUGGUUCAUCCCAGAAUUCUAAUGGUUCAUCCCAGAAUUCUAAUGGUUCACUAACAGAAAGCAUACCACAAACAAAUGGUAGCAAGCCAGACACAAAUGGAACUACACAGCUGCGGUCGAUACCAUCAACAAUCAAAAUGUUCAGCUCAAGAUCUAGAAAGAAGGUUCAACCUACUCUUACUGCUGUCACUUCUGUAAUUGACGGUUUAAAGAGAUUAUACAAUGCAAAGUUGAAGCCACUGGAAGUUACAUAUCGUUUCAAUGAUUUUGUGUCACCAGUAUUGACGGAUAGUGAUUUUGAUGCUAAACCCAUGAUCAUGCUUUUGGGUCAAUACUCAACUGGGAAAACCACUUUCAUUAAGCACCUAUUGAAGUGCAGCUAUCCAGGAGCUCACAUUGGACCAGAGCCAACUACUGAUAGAUUUAUUGUUGUUACGUCUGGGCCAGAUGAAAGGAGCAUUCCAGGAAACACCGUUGCUGUUCAUGCAGACAUGCCAUUUACAGGUUUAUCUACAUUUGGAGGAGCAUUUUUGUCGAAAUUUGAAUGUUCACAGAUGCCACAUCCACUCCUUGAACAUUUUUCAUUUGUGGAUACUCCUGGUGUCUUAUCGGGAGAGAAGCAAAGGACCCAACGAAGUUAUGAUUUCACUGGUGUUAUAUCAUGGUUUGCUGCUAAAUGUGACCUCAUUCUUCUCUUAUUUGAUCCUCACAAACUUGACAUUAGUGAUGAAUUCAAGCGUGUUAUAUCAUCUCUGCGUGGUCAUGAUGACAAAAUCCGUGUUGUGUUGAAUAAGGCAGACCAAGUUGAUACCCAACAACUGAUGAGAGUUUAUGGUGCAUUAAUGUGGUCCCUUGGCAAAGUUCUGAACACACCAGAGGUUGUGCGAGUCUAUAUAGGUUCUUUCAAUGACAAGCCUGUUAAGGAAGGUACUGACUAUAUGGGGAAGGAUCUUUUUGAGAAAGAGCAAGAUGACUUGCUUGAAGACCUGAUUGAUAUUCCUAAAAAGGCCUGUGAUCGUAAGAUCAACGAAUUUGUGAAACGCGCUAGAGAUGCUAAGAUACAUGCCUACAUAAUCAGCCAUCUCAAGAAAGAGAUGCCAGCAUUGAUGGGGAAAUCUAAAGCACAAAAGCGCCUCGUUUCUAACCUUGAGACUGUAUUUGCAGAGGUUCAAAGAGAGUUUCAUUUACCAGCGGGCGAUUUCCCCAGCGUGGAUCACUUCAGGGAGGUUCUGAUGCGCUACAGCAUAGAAGAUUUCGAGAAGUUGAGGCCUAAGAUGAUUCAGGGAGUGGAUGAAAUGCUGGGCUAUGACAUUCCAGAUCUCCUCAAGAACUUAAGAAACCCUUAUGAUUAGAUCUCAUAGACACACUAGAACUUCAAGAGUGCUUGAAGUGAGUGAGCAAAUUGCAAUAAGAGCGCUGCUUUAUUCUGUCUUUCUUGUUCAUAGGAACUGCUAGUGCAAUUGGAUUUUAAACCUCCUUGAUUUAUACUAGCUUGUUUCGAGUGUUUAUUUUUUC